AUGGGUAACAAGCAGACCAUCUUCACUCCGGAGCAGCUGGACGCCUAUCAGGAUGCAACGUUCUUCACACGGAAAGAAAUUCUCAGGUUGUUUGACAGGUACCGUGACCUGGCCCCUCAGCUGGUCCCGCUCGAUUACACGAAGAAGCCCAAUGUGAAGCUCCCCUACGAACUCAUUGGCAGCAUGCCUGAGCUGAAGGACAACCCCUUCCGGCAGCGCAUCGCUGAGGUCUUCUCCGAGGAUGGGGAGGGCAACAUGACCUUAGAUGACUUCCUGGAUAUGUUCUCGGUGAUGAGUGAAAUGGCUCCUCGGGACCUCAAGGCUUAUUACGCCUUCAAAAUCUACGAUUUCAACGAUGAUGACUACAUCUGCAAAUCCGACCUGGAGAAGACAGUGAACAAGCUGACCCGCAAAGAGUUGACCCCGGAGGAGGUGUGCCUGGUGUGCAACAAGGUGAUGGAGGAAUCCGACUUGGACAACGAUGGCAAGCUCUCCCUGGAAGACUUCCAGCACAUGAUCAUUCGAGCGCCUGACUUCCUCAGCACUUUUCAUAUCAGAAUCUGACCCAAACUCCAGAGACCCACCGAGAGCCGGAAACCCUCUUGCUGCUUCUGCCGCCUCUUCCAGAGCCGGAUCAGAGGAUGAGGCCUGGAGCUGCCUCCCUAGGGCUCCUGCCAGGGGGGCUGGGGUGGAGCAGAGCUUCCUUUUGCCUCUCGCUAUAAACUGAACACAU